UACAGCAACGAAGAAAAGAAAUGUGCAAAUAUAUAAAGUAGUUACACUUAAAAAAAAAAAAAUAUUGCAGUUAAAAAUGGUGUUAUUGCACAAACACUUCACUAUAAAUUAUAAUGUAUUGUACACUACUGAACUACACUAUAUUAUACAGAACUAUACUAAAUUUAACUAGAGUUCGGAUCCUUUCUUUCUUUAUUCAAUUAGUUAUCAGAAGGUGUGAUGGUGUAGAUAUAGUGUGCAGAUGUAGUGUCUCCUCCCUACUGUAUUCUUUAUGCAAAUAAACCUUGAUAGCUCUAAUGUCAACAGGAGUAUGCUUAAAGACAGCACAGUGUCGGGAUUAGCUAAAUCUCAGGGUCACCAUGGGAACAGGAAAUUAAAUGACACAAACACAAAAAAACACUGGAAUCUCAGUUCUGGCUGUUAAACUGUGCCUAAACAGGAUUUUGUCGUUAAUGAUAUAUUUAAUUCCAUACGUUUUUCCGUACGACAAAAGAUCAAGGCGGUCCUGCUAACACUCUUCGAAACGCAUGCUAAUACACUGAACAGCUUGUGCUAACAUGACGUAGAAAAAUAACUUUGCAGCCGCAUUCUGUCCAUGUCAGGCCCCCGGGUGUAGGAUUUAAUCCGGCUCAGGCUAAAACGUUUAAGCAAGUUGCUAAUCCCAUUAAAACCGCUGCUCACAGAAACACAGUUAGCAUAACACCGCUUUGCUAACAUUUUUUGCGGAAAGCGUAUGCUCCCCAUGGUGUGGUAUUACUGCUACCGGUGCUGUGGGACGCCUCAAUUCAAGCACCACAGCAAGCUGUCAAUCAACACCAAGCUCAGCGACACAUGGGUAAAGCUCUUCAUCUCGAGGUGGUUCUUCAAAACUUGUUCAUGUGUAUGGUGUGUUUCUACUCACUUUAUUACAUCACUGUCAGCCUGUGCAUCGGCAUCCUGAGGGUAGAAGACAUCGACAGGUUAUUAGCACCUUUCAACUACAAAAUACAGCCUUCAUGGAACAGUCCGGAAUAUUUAGCGAGUGUGAUUUCCACAGAGGUGACGUAUAUCGUGGGAGGACUCAUGUUCGCCUGGAUCGUCGAGGAAUGCGUGUGGGACUACGCCAUCACCGUCACAUUGCUACACGUCGGCCUAACGGUUGCUGUCAUGGCUGAUUUUCCUUUCACAGAACACUGGUGGAUCGCUCUCGGUUCAGGUUUAGCGAUGAUGAUCUUCGUCGGGCAGCUUUUGGCACAUCAUCUUUUCCGAAACAAUUUUGUACACCCUGAGGAGCUCCAAAACUUCUAACUCACUUCUCUUCACUGGGAAAUGUUCUGCACUCACUUUUUUCACUUGUUCUUUCUUUUUUAACUAUUUUGUUUACUCACAUUUUCUUUCCUCAAUGCAUUUUUGUCAUCAAUAAAUAACCUUGGAUGUAACAGAAAAUAAA